AUGUCUUCAAUUAGACAAAAGGGUAUCAGUGAGCAAUCACGCAAAAAAUUGUCAGAAAACUUUGAACUUUCUCAAAAACAACCCAGGAAUAUUCGAGAUGUUGUAAGUAGCUAUAAUUUACCUUUUUGGGUUUCUUGAACAUUUUAUCAAUUCAGAUGAUAGUUCUUGGUGGCUGGUUACAUAAAAAAGCAACAAAUAGUAUUGAAUGGUUCGAUGUUGAGAAAAAUAAAUGGAUCCGAUCGAGUUUGCAACUACCACUAAAGCUUGCUUAUCAUGGAGCUGCUAUCAUUGAUGAAGUCAGUUUUUUAUAAAAUCAUUUUUCAUUAUAAAAAUUUUAGAUUUUGUACGUUUACGGAGGUUCUGAUGGUACAAGAUUUCGAUGUGAAACUUGGAAACUUAAUCCGGAAACAUGGACUUGGGAACAAUGUGAUCCGAUGUUUGAAGCGAGAAAUUUCAUAACUAAUAGUUCUGUAGUUUUUGAAAAAAAGAUUUAUGUUUUUGGAGGACAAAAUGGUAGAGAAUAUGCAGCUAAUAUGAGAGAUCAUACAAGAAGUAGAACUGGUGAAUUCUAUGAUCCAAAAAUUGACAAGUGGACAAAAACUGCGUAUGUUUGCAAAAUCCACUUUGUUUCAUUAAAAAUGUGAUUUUUCAGACAAAUGAAUGAUAUGAGAUCAGAUUGUGGUGCAGUUGUUUAUGAUAAUCAAAUCUAUAUUAUUGGCGGUUUUGAUGGUCAUAGUAUUAUUCCAACUGUCGAAGUUUAUAAUCCAUAUGGUGAUUUUUUCAUAAUAAUUGAUUCAUUACCUACUCCAUUAUCUGGCCAUAGUGUUUUGAUUCAUAAUUCUCAACUUGUUGUAAUUGGAGGAUUUGAUGGAAGAACAAGACAAGAUAAAAUUCUGACUUGGUCGAAAAGAGGAGAAUGGAUUGAACAUGAAAACAAGAUGAAAGCUGGUAGAUCAACUAGUUCAGCAUGUUCUUAUCGCGGAGUUGUUGUAACUAUUGGAGGAUAUUCAAAAUACGUUGAUGAUGAAUGCGAAGUGUUACUUGGAAAUGGUGAAGAAUAUACAAUGGAAAUACCUAGUUUAUUGAAAAAUAAGAGUGCUUGUAAAGUUAUAAUUGGGGAGAAUUGGAGAAGUAAACUCGAGGAAAUUGGAACAGUUGAUAUUGAAGAAAAUCAUGAUUCGGUUGUAGAAGAAGAACUUCAAAUGGAAACAGAAUGA